AUGGAUUGGACUGGGUGUUGGUACGGUCGUCUCUGCUGUCGGGAUUGCAUGGAGUCCAUCGUAUCGGGAGCAUGCCACGCUUUUGAGCGCAGCUGUAUUCCGAUCCGUCGCUACUUUCAUCACAGGGGCUACACAUCGGACACCUAUAAGGCUGAGCGGAAGGUCGUUCAUCAACGUUGUGCCGAUCGGCUUUUGGGACUGUGCAGACUUAACACUGGAAUCUAUUGCAAGGCUGGCCAGCAUGUCGCCUCCUUGACUUACGUCGUACCACCGGAAUAUACCAACACCCUCUCUGUUCUCCAGGAUCGCGCGCCAUUCAAAUCAAUGAAGGAAGUCGAACAAGUCUUUCUUGAAGAGUUUGGCCAACACCCUCUGGACCUGUUCCGCGAGUUCGAACCCGUCCCUAUGGCUGCUGCCAGUUUGGCGCAGGUUCACCGAGCCGUGACAAUGGAUGGGAGACUUGCUGCAGUGAAGGUUCAAUAUAUCAACGUCUCUCGUCUCUUCAAAACGGACAUGUGGACAAUGCAGACGCUCUCGGACAUGGUUGGGCUCUUGUUCCCAGAGUUUGAGCUUGGAUGGAUCGUGACCGAGUUCAAGGACAACCUCACCUCCGAGUUUGACUUUACCCACGAGGCCAGGAAUGGCGAGGCGACAAAGGAAAGAUUCAAGAACAGAUCCGAUUUCUAUGUACCCGAGAUCUAUUGGGAACUGUCUUCAAAAAAGAUCCUGACCAUGGAGUUCAUUGACGGCGUCAAGGUCAAUGAUAUUGAGGCAUUGAAGAAGUUGGGCGUAUCACCCAAGUGGGUCCGCACGACUUUGCUUGAGGUCUUUGCCGAGAUGAUGUAUCAGCACGGAGUUGUCCAUUGCGAUCCACACGCUGGAAAUAUCUUGAUCACAAAGGACCAGUUCACGGGCAAAUGCCAAUUUGUACUAUUGGAUCACGGACUCUACAGGACUCUCGACGAAACUUUCCGCUUCAACUACUGUCAACUCUGGCGAGCACUCAUCCUCAACGACCAAGACCUUCUCAGCCGCGCCUCCGAUAACAUCGGCAUCCCUGAAAACUAUGUCAGCUUCAUCCCCUUGAUCUUUAUCCAGCGACCCGCAAACUCCAGUCAAAAGAUUGGAGAGGGCAUGACGACCGAGCAGAGACAGGAAGUUCGGUCAUCGCUCAAGAAUGUUACUAUGGCAGAAGUGUUUGAGUUCUUGGAGGUCCUGCCGAGGGAUAUGUUGUUGGUUUUUAGGACGAUUAAUUUGACCCGCGGGAUCCAUCAGCAGUUGGGUGGUGAGAACGUGGAGAGGUUCCAUAUCAACGCCCUCUUUGCGACAAAAGGUGUUUGGUCCGAGACGCGACAAGAAGAACACGACCGGAGAGUACAACGCGAACGACGAAGACGUGAUCGAUUGAACGGCCGAUUCGGAGCUAUUGCAUCAUGGUGGUACGGAAACCUGGACGACAAGGACGAGAAUAGUUCUGAAGCGACUAGGGCUUAUGGGAUGCAGUUAGGAUUGGGACCAAGGAAUCGGUGGUAUCUUUUUGGAGACACGCCUACGUUCCAUCGGAGUUUGGGAUACUUGUGGGAUACUUUCUCGAUGCGGUGGAGGCUUUGGGUGGGCGAAGGGCUUUUGAAGAUUUGGCUAUGGUGGGCGGGCAAGGAUGUCGCCAAGGCCAUUAGUUAG